AUGGCAUCACUCGAGGAAUUUUCAGCUCUAGAUCUCAUCCGCCAACACCUGCUUAUUGACGAUUCCUCUUUCCUACAGGAAUAUUCCAUACUCUCCGAUCAUCACUGCAAUAAUAUCACCUACAAAUCCACCGUUGUUUUUCCUCUAACCUCAUCAUCAUCAUCUUCUACUUCUUCUUCUUCUUCUCCUACGUCCUCUGUGAUUGAUCACACUCGAACGGUUUCCGGCCACCAAUUUGAAUUCAGAGUGGAACAAGAACCGAUGCUUCAAUCAAGUUCAUCGGAUAUAACUGGAAAAUUUAGCAACAACGGUUUUAAUCAACGAAAACCCUCUGUGAAUAUAUCGUUUCCACCUGCAAUCGAGAAAUCUGAUGUCGUGGUUAAGGAGAAGGAGUUUGAGGAGAGGAAGCAUUACAGAGGAGUAAGACAACGGCCGUGGGGAAAGUUUGCCGCGGAGAUCAGGGAUCCUAGCAAGAAAGGGACUAGGGUUUGGCUUGGGACAUACGACACCGCCAUAGAUGCAGCAAAAGCGUAUGAUAAAGCAGCGUUUAAGCUUCGAGGCAACAAAGCCAUAUUGAAUUUCCCGCUCGAAAUUGGAAAUUCAGAGGAAGCGGCGGAAACGGAGACGAGGGUGGUGGCGAGUAAUAGUCGUAAAAGAGCUGCCGGAAAGUCUGAUGUGGAAGUGAGAGGAAGUCGGAAAGAAGUGAAAGUAGAACCAGACACGGCGAAGUACGGUGGUGAUAAGGCUGAUGCUGCGGUUGGGUCCUUAACAUUUGAAAAGGUCCCAUUAUUAUCAUCAUCUUAUCCUACCAUGGACUUCACGUCCGGUUGUAUGAUCAGGAGUAAUAGCCCUAAAAGCGUUGCCGGACAGUCUAUGGUGGAAGUGACUCAAGUGAGAGGAAGUCCGAAAGAUGUGAAAGUAGAACCAGAGACGGCGGAGUGCGACGGUGAUAAGGCGGAUGCUGCGGUUGGGUCGACCAUAUCGCCGACUAACUGGACGCCGGACGAUAACAGUAUAUUCGAUGUCCCUUUAUUAUCACCUUAUCCGACGAUGGACUUCACGUCCGGUUGUAUGGUGACGUAA